CUUCCAGGCAGUAUUUUUGCAUGGUUAUGGUUGACUUUCACAUUAAAAUAUUGCUCUCUAAGUGACCAACCUCUCACUUUAGGGAACAAUAAGGAAGAAAAAGACCAAAGAAGUUUUGUUCAAGGAGGUGUACAUCCUAUAGCCUUUCGAAUGAACCGGCAUCUCGAAACCUCUAACCCUCUACAGAUCCAGUUACACACUGCAGGCUCAGAGAUACCUUCUCAAGACCUGUGAGCUGGUGUAGGUAUUAAACUCGACCCUCCCUAGCAGAUCUCUCGGGAUGUGCACGUCGUCCUCGGCUCAGCUUUGAUCGCGGUUUUUUCCGCUCGGAACCUUGAACAUGAACUGAACGUGGACGAUGUUGGUUUAUCAUGGAGUCCAAGGGCAGCCAGAAAAAAACGCCUCAAGCCGACGAAGCGAGCGUCUCUGAUAUUACUGUGGAACUGGCAACUGUCGACGCCACAUUGAACAAACUCUGCAAAAAGUACAGUCGGACGAGACGAAAAGGAAAGAAGAAAAAGAGGAAAAAGAGCCCUUACUGGAACUUGCAGAAUCUCACUAUCCUUCUGACGGUGGUGAUUUUUGUUGUGGUGCUGAUCAUGUGGUCGCUGCUCUGGGUCUUUUUAUUUCGACUGGAGAACAGCAACAGCAUGUACUUUGCGGGGAUGUUUCGUAUUGCUGAUGUGGAAUUCCUGCCAGAAUACCGGCAUGCAGAGUCCAGCGAGUUCCUGUCCAUGGCAAGCAGGAUCCAACACAUAGUGAGCAGUGUGUACAGAGCCUCGCCUGUGGCCAAACUCUACCGGCAUUCUGCCAUAUCAGACCUGAGCAACACCAACAAGGGUGGUCUCCUGGUCUACUUUUGGCUGGUGUUUGCGGCCCCACAGCAGAGAAGCCUAGCCAUGUGUGAGGAAUGUGUUGGUGCCGUCCUACGCGAUUCUGUGCUCACCAGCCUGACAAACCGCUCUUCCAUUGGGUUCCUGCUCAGCUUACCAGUGGAUAUUGACUCCAUCCUCAUCAAUGCUGCCAUGCGCUCAGACUAUUCCGGCACUGCGACAGACUCUAAGUGUGUGGACAAGCUGUAUGCCGGCCUGCCAGGGAUCUCCGUGCCCCUGAACGUCUUCUCGUCCUGGGGGGGCCUAAGCUGUCACGUGAAGCUGACAGCGGCUGCUGGCUGCCUCAUCCGCCUCAGCAUGUUGGCCUUCCGCAUCGAGCCCAGUGGCUGUGCAGGGGACAGCGUAACCGUGUAUGAUGCGCUGCUCCCAAUCCGAAGCCGCAUGCUCUAUAGGUGGGGGGAGGGGGGCACACCUGCCUCAUUCAUACUUGCAGAUUUACAGAUUUACUUAUAUAAAUGCGUGUUAUGCAUGUGAUAUGUUAUCACUACUGUGA